CCUUUUCGCCCAAGCAGCAUGAACGCGGUCGUCGGCGCCAUGAUGGGGUCCUACGACCUGCAGAACGCGCAGCGCUGGCGCACCGAGGACAUGGAGCACCGCAAGCAAGAGAUCCAGUGGCGCGAAGACGACGUGAAGCGGCAGCAUGCGUGGCGGCUCGAAGACAUUGAGCGCGAGCGCCGCCUCCAGAAGCUCGAGAACGAGCGCCGGGUUACGGACGCGCGCAGCGAGCAGCUCUCGGCGGUCUCGAACCUCUCAGCACUCCUCGGCGGCUUUGCCAUGGUGGCCAACGUCGAAAUCAACUUGCCCGAGGACGUGGCGUGGAGCGUCAUGUUCCUCUACGGCACCGUCAGUGCCAGCGUCAUCUUGUGCAUGCUCUGCUGCAUGCUCAUGUGCACGCUCCUCCUCCUCGCUAUUACGCGGUACGCGUCGCUGGAUCUCGAAAACGACUUGCGGCUCCUCGACUUCGAUCAGCUCGACGUCGAGUCGCCGUUCUACGUCUGGUGGCUCAAGCGCUGCGAGAAGGACUGGCAGCUUGCAUAUGGCUUCUUCCGCAUCGGCAUCUUUCUCUUCCUCUGGACGGUCGCGCUAGUGGGCUGGGUUCAAUUUGAGCGUACGAUCUACGCCGGCAUUGGCAUGUCGGUCAUCUCGUUCCUCUCGUUUGUGUUUUGGCAAGUGCGGAUUGAGAGCAAGUGGCGUUACCUCCUCGAGUCCCCGGAUGGCGCGAGCGUUCCGCCGUCGUACCAACCCGUCUCGGACGAAGAGGCGCGCCUCCGGACGCGGUCGCUCACCGAGCUCUUUGAGCGCGUCUUUACCACACGCAACCAUACCAGCAACACCAAUACCGGUCGCACCGCUGACGUCGACGACCGGCGCACUACCCGAUACGGCGCGCUCGCGACCCCUCGGCCGUCCCACGACGCUGCUGCCAGCGAAGCCCGUCGGCGGGUGUAGCCAAUCAACAAGUGACAACACAAUAUGCCAUGCCCA